GCGGCCCCCGCCCCGCCGCUCCCGGCGCUCCCUCCCUCCGUUCCCUCCGCGCCCCGCGGCUGCGCUGGAGCCUCCGCGCCCCCGCAGACUUGGAUCGUCCGGCUAAUAAACAAACAUGAGUCACCUGAAGUUGUUUGCAGCUACGCUGAAGAGGCAUGGCUUUAAACUUCUGGAAAAUCAGGAUGUAGCCAGAAGGGCAUUUUUACAUGGCCAACGGUAUGCUUCAUCAGGAACCUCAGAGCCAGUCCUGAGUGGGAGUAAUUCCAAUUACAUGGAGGAAAUGUACUGUGCAUGGCUUGAAAACCCUGAAAGUGUACAUAAGUCCUGGGAUGUGUUUUUCCGGAGCGCUGCCGCCGGCCAGGCAGCCGGUCUGCCGGCUCAGCAGGAGGGGAAGGGCUCGUUCCUGCAGAGCCACGGGCUGGCCCCCACACCCACCACGGCCGAGAAGGUUGUGGAGGACCACCUGGCUGUGCAGUCCUUGAUAAGGGCAUACCAAAUCCGUGGCCAUCAUGUGGCUCAGCUAGAUCCCCUUGGAAUUCUGGAUGCAGAUUUGGAUUCCUUUAUUCCAUCUGACCUUAUCACCACAAUUGAUAAACUCGGGUUUUAUGGUUUGCAUGAAUCAGAUUUGGACAAAGUCUUUCAGCUGCCAACAACCACCUUCAUAGGAGGAAAUGAGAACAGUCUGUCCUUGCGAGAGAUCAUCAAGCGCCUGGAGCAUACCUACUGCCAGCACAUUGGCCUGGAGUUUAUGUUCAUCAACGAUGUGGAGCAGUGCCAGUGGAUCCGGCAGAAGUUUGAGACGCCGGGAGUUAUGAAGUUCAGCAACGAUGAUAAGAGGACCUUGCUGGCAAGGCUGGUGCGCUCCAUGAGAUUUGAAGAUUUCCUUGCUCGCAAGUGGUCGUCUGAAAAGAGAUUUGGUUUGGAAGGAUGUGAAGUAAUGAUUCCUGCACUCAAGACCAUCAUUGAUAAAUCCAGUGAAAUGGGAAUUGAAUAUGUUAUAAUGGGAAUGCCUCAUAGAGGUCGGCUGAAUGUGUUGGCUAAUGUAAUCAGAAAAGAGCUGGAGCAGAUCUUCUGUCAGUUUGAUCCCAAACUUGAAGCAGCUGAUGAGGGAUCUGGAGAUGUAAAAUACCACCUGGGAAUGUACCAUGAGAGGAUCAACCGAAAAACAAACAAGAAAAUCACUCUGUCCCUCAUGGCUAACCCUUCUCACUUGGAAGCAGUUGAUCCUGUUGUGCAAGGCAAAACAAAAGCUGAACAGUUUUAUCGAGGAGAUACAGCAGGGAAAAAGGUUAUGUCCAUAUUAUUACACGGGGAUGCUGCCUUUGCAGGACAAGGAGUGGUUUAUGAGACAUUUCAUCUCAGUGACCUCCCAUCCUACACCACAAAUGGCACUAUCCACGUUGUGGUCAACAACCAGAUUGGCUUCACCACAGACCCCCGCAUGGCCCGUUCCUCUCCGUACCCCACGGACGUUGCUCGCGUGGUCAAUGCUCCCAUUUUCCAUGUGAAUGCUGAUGACCCUGAGGCAGUGAUGUACGUGUGCAGCGUAGCUGCAGAGUGGAGAAACACCUUCAACAAGGAUGUGGUUGUUGACUUGGUUUGUUACCGUAGAAGAGGGCACAAUGAAAUGGAUGAGCCCAUGUUCACCCAGCCUCUGAUGUACAAGCAGAUCCAUAAGCAGGUGCCAGUCCUGAAGAAAUAUGCUGACAAACUGAUUGCAGAUGGGACUGUGACACUGCAGGAGUUUGAGGAAGAAAUUGCAAAGUAUGACAAAAUAUGUGAAGAAGCAUAUACUAGAUCUAAGGAUAAGAAGAUCCUUCAUAUCAAGCACUGGCUGGAUUCACCUUGGCCUGGUUUCUUUAACCCGGACGGGGAGCCCAAGAGCAUGUCCUGUCCCCCGACGGGCAUCUCGGAGGAGCUGCUCACUCACAUCGGCAACGUCGCCAGCUCAGUGCCAGUGGAGGACUUCAAAAUACACUCAGGACUCUCUCGGAUUUUGAAAGCGCGUGCAGAGAUGACGGAGAACAGGCUUGUUGACUGGGCCCUAGCAGAAUACAUGGCUUUUGGCUCUGUCCUCAAAGAGGGGAUCCAUGUCCGACUGAGUGGCCAGGAUGUGGAGAGAGGUACUUUCAGCCACCGUCACCAUGUGCUUCAUGAUCAAGACGUUGACAAGAGAAUUUGUGUUCCCAUGAACCACCUGUGGGAGCAGCAGGCCCCCUACACCGUGUGCAACAGCUCCCUCUCCGAGUACGGGGUCCUGGGUUUUGAGCUUGGCUUCGCUAUGGCGAGUCCCAACGCGCUGGUGUGCUGGGAGGCGCAGUUUGGGGACUUCCACAACACAGCUCAGUGCAUCAUCGACCAGUUCAUCAGCUCCGGCCAGGCCAAGUGGGUGCGGCACAACGGGAUCGUCCUGCUCCUGCCGCACGGCAUGGAAGGAAUGGGUCCAGAGCAUUCAUCAGCCAGGCCUGAGAGGUUUCUGCAGAUGAGCAAUGAUGAUUCUGAUGCCUAUCCAGAGUUCACUGAGCAUUUUGAAGUUUCCCAGCUGUAUGACUGCAACUGGAUUGUGGUGAAUUGUUCUACUCCAGCCAAUUACUUCCAUGUCCUCCGAAGGCAGAUCUUGCUGCCAUUCAGAAAGCCGCUGAUUGUUUUGACACCCAAGUCACUGCUGAGGCAUCCAGAAGCUAAAUCCAGUUUUGAUGAAAUGGUAUCUGGUACCAGUUUCCAACGUGUGAUUCCUGAGAAUGGGCCAGCAGCUGAGGAACCACAUGAGGUCAAGCGCGUGAUUCUCUGCACAGGAAAAGUCUACUAUGACCUUGUGAAAGAGAGAAAGAACCAAGACCUGGAGAAACAAGUAGCUAUAACCAGACUUGAACAGAUCUCACCAUUCCCCUUUGACUUGCUGAAAGAAGAGCUUGAGAAGUAUCCAACUGCUGAUCUGGUCUGGUGUCAGGAGGAGCACAAAAACAGUGGCUAUUACGAUUAUGUCAGACCUCGUUUCCGCACUAUUGUGAACCGCACUCGACCCAUCUGGUAUGUUGGCCGAGAGCCUGCUGCUGCAGCUGCCACAGGCAACAAGAACACGCAUCUGGUGUCACUCAGAAGGUUCUUGGAUACAGCUUUCAACCUGGAGGCCUUUGAGGGAAAGACAUUCUAACUGCAGAGCCCUGACCUGUCUCUGACUGCAGGGGACAUCCAGUCUGGAUGUCUGGUAAUCUCUCAAAACAUUGCAUCUAAAAGGAAAGUGGGGAGAAUACUGGAAAGUAUGUAUUUUUUGCUUUACCAAAUAAAAGGAUCCUGCAGCUGUCUUCAUUACUCUGUACCUUGCUUUUCAGUUUAUAAGGAAAAAAAAUUCCAGCUUAUCUUCCACCAUUUUUGUCACUUGUCUAUUUAAAUUGGGACCUCUUUGACACAAGAAGCUUCUCCUGUCUCAGAAUGCAAUGUGUGCUUGGUGAGGCUCAUCUCUCAGUCUGUGGGCACUGUCUAAUUUCUCUAAGUAAGUAGAGUAGGCAUGGACAGCACCAUAGUUAUGCACACAAGAGUCAUUACCACAAGGAAAAGAAAUUACUUAUUUCUGUCUAUAUAUCAGAGAAAAGUAAUGAAACUGAAAAGCAGAGUUGGUAGAUGACUUUGGUAGAGAAAUGUACCAGCUGUGUUUGUUGGAAGGAGAUGGUGAGGUAACCUGGAGGUGUGAGGAGGAGGCUGGAAACAGGGAGUCACGUUACAGAGUUGUUCAACUGGGGAUAACAGAAAGUAGCAUAAACCACUUAGAUAUGAGGUCAAGAAGGGCAGAAGAAAAAGGGACCAAGAAAAGGUUGUUUGAGGAUGCUUGAAGAGGGAAGAAGUGUACAUGAGACCACAGCUGACAGAGCUGUGGGUGAUCACCAGGAGAAUUCAGCAUCAAAUGACUUCAAAAGUAAGAGGUGCUCCUGCUCCCUGGGCUGCCUGCUUUGAUGCUGUGUGGUAUUAGGGAAUUCUGGGGUCCUGUAAACAUCUUUGUUUUGGAUGAGAAGUCUUUCCCUCACCAUAAUACUAAGAUAUGCUUUUCCUUGACCAUUACAAGAUGGUGUUUGGAUGAGAAAUCUCUGUUUUUGCAACAAGCAGUUGGUUUUCUGCUUUGUCCAGUGCUAUUCCCUACCUCACACCUCCUUGCUGAUAAUAAUUCAGCUCUGAAGUGGCUAUUCCUGAUUUACUCACCCUUUUUUUAGAGGAAGGUGGGCAAGCAACAGCUGCAGAUUUACCAAAAGCACAUGCUAUGGUUUUGCACAAGUAGUGAUUGAUUUUUUUGGUCCUUAAUGUUUUUUUGUCAAUUAGUAUCUCAAUUGCCAUGUACUUUGAGUAUGGGUAUAAAAGUGAACCUCCUCAAGCUGCUCUGUGUCUGAUGUACAGCAAGUGCUGGAGGGGAGAGAGCAGCAGGGGCUGUUUCUCUUGCUGGGAACCAGUGCUUGGCUUCUGGGGAGGCACUGCAUGGCAGGGUGGUCUGAGAAGCAUUGCUGUGCAGUGCCUGGAGACAGCAUAACAAGUGACUGGAAAACAGAGAUGAGGCUUCACCCCAUCUCCACCUCCUGUCCUGAGCAUGCUCCUUGGACACGCUGUUGCUCUGUGAGUACCUUGCCCUGCUGCUGCUGUAUGGACUGUGACAUAAAGCAUGAUGCUUCAUGUCUGAUUCAAAGAGUCGGGUGAUGCUGGAAAGCCUCUUGUCUCAUCAAAAUAAAAAGCUGUAAUUCAAAGCUUUAGCUAUGACCAAGUACUACAUACCCAAGCAUGUUUCCAAAAAGGCCUGUGUGCCUUGAAUUGUCCUUUUAUUUGGCUUGGAUAUACCAUGAUGGUGAAGAAACAAUCCUCUGUCAGAGCAAAGAAUUGAUGUGGUAAGGUACUUACCAUGGAACCCAGAACUGAGCUUAGUCUAAUGUUUGUGAAACUCUGUAGCAUCCUUUUAAAUCAGGCUCGUUGCCUUGGGCUUUUUCUCUCACUGAAGCAUUUAAACUAAUUUAGUCUUUGAAAACCUAAUGAACUUGGAAAGUACUGCAGUUGACAGCCACAAAUGUUGUUUCCUAUCCUUUUCUAUAGCUCAAAACAUUAAGCUGAUAGACAGUAACCAUCACCCAAAGUAUUUUAAUGCUUUUAUGAAUGCUUGUUUCUGUAGCAAGAAUUGAGUGCAGCUAAAUAUUGCUGGCUCUGUUUAUUGUAUUCUCAGUUUGCAUAAGGCAGUCAGCGCUGCAUGAAAUAUGAUAAAUGUACUUUUGCCACAGUAUAUGCAGAGGUAGAAAACAAAAUUAACAUAGAAAUAUAAAUGGUAAAUAACAGAUUUUCACUCUCAUUGUGUAUCAUAGAUUGUGGCAUAAUACUUGCAUAAAAAGUCCAUCAAAGAUGCAAAAAAACUCAAUAAAAUAAAAGUACAUAAGAA